AUGGCUGAGAAGUGUGAAUCAGACAAAGUUUCAAGCUCUUCACUGAACCUGAUAUGUCCAUUAUGUCUUGAUAUAUUUGUCGAGGCGACAAUCCUGACUUCAUGUGGACACACAUUUUGUAGGCGAUGCCUCAAGAAAUACGAUCUAACCCAUCAGGACCUUGAUCACAUGGUCUGUCCUCUCUGCAGGGAGAUAACCAAGUUGUACGCCAACCGUGUCGAUGAUCUCCGCCUCAAUGACUCCAUCAACGGACGCGUAGACGAUUACCACGCCAAGUGCGGAGGGAUGAAUGCUGUCCUUGAGAUGUGCCAGAAAUGCACCGCUUGCAAGUCUCAGAGAGACGCUGUAUCAUUCUGCAGAACAUGUAAUUAUUACAUGUGUAAUGAGUGCUUACAUUGUCAUCAACAUCUUACAGUCGUCUUCGAAGGUCAUGAGAUUGUAUCCAUGGAUGAUGUCAUCGAAGGGAAGGUCAGCAUUGGUCAUUUAUUCGAGAAGUGUUCCAUCCACAAACAAGAGAACAAAGAUAUGUUUUGUGAGGUUUGUAAGGUCCAUGUCUGUCAAAAAUGUGUACUCGUUGAUCAUCUUAAUCACAAAAUCAAGAACCAGGUUGACUUUGAGCAGGAGUUGCGACGGAAGACUCCAAGCCCGAAUUAUUUCAACAUAAAAUGGAGGUAUUUUCUUAUCAAACAAUGGGAUAACGUUAUGAACCCGAAGGUCGCUAUUCAAGAUUAG